AUGGCAAGGCAACGUCUUGAAGAUGCUAUUGGAUUGUUAUUGGUUAUCAGUGCUCUAGCUCAUGGAAGAGUUGUGAUAUUUGGUGGCUUGGCAAACGAUAAUUCUCCAUCGGUGACUGCAUCAAAUGCUCGACUCCUCAAUGAAACCCUACAAAAUCUCCGCCCCGGCGAUGAAUUUCUCAUCCCCGCCAAUCAGAACUUUUAUCUAGAUGGUGGAAUUGUCGCAAACGGUAUUUCGAAUGUCAUUCUGAACUUUGAUGGGACACUAAUUUUCUCAAAUGACACCAAGAAAUGGCCAAAGAAUUCGAAAGGAAAUGUGCUGGAGUGUCUUUAUUUUGAAAAUAUCAGCAAUGUCACCUUCACUUCAAGUGGAAUCGGUUUGAUUGAUGGGCAAGGGGAAGUUUGGUGGGGACCAUUGGGAUAUGCUGAAUAUCUCGAGAAUCGACCUCGAAUCUUGACCAUUGUCAACUCAAAUAAUCUUCUAAUCGAGAAUUUGUAUUUCAAGAACUCACCUUAUUGGACAGUUUGGAUUCACGGAGUUGAUGGAUUAGAAAUUCGGAAUAGCGAGAUAUCGGCGCGUCGAAACGACUUCGAUGGACACGAUUACUUCAAUUUAGUCGCGUUCAACACCGAUGGCUUUGAUGUGACCGGGAAAAAUGUUUGGAUUCACGAUUGCACAAUAUGGAAUCAAGAUGAUUGUAUUGCUGUGAAGGAUGGCUCGGAGAAUAUGCUAUUUGAGCGGAUAAAUGCUUCCGGACUUGGCCUUGUCAUCGGUUCAAUCGGUGGCUCAACUGUCCGAAACAUUACUUUCCGUGACUCAUAUCUGCACAGAACUUACAAAGGGAUCUACACAAAAUUCCGUGGUCCUGGCCUGAUUCAAGAUGUCAUCUAUGAAAAUAUCACCAUGUUUGAGCCAGAGCAAUGGCCAAUUUGGAUUGGACCAGCCCAACAAGCUGACGACGUGGACGUUUGCAAGGCGGACCCAUGCAGUCUUUGUUGGCCUCAAGAUCCCAAAGCUGAAUGCAACAUGCCAGCCGAAGCUCAGUACAUCAAUAUUGUUCUCCGAAACAUUCGCAUUAUUAAUCCAAAGAAUGGCACUGGAGUGAUAAUCGGAAGUCAAACACAUCCCAUUCAAAAUUUGACUUUCGAUAAUGUGAUCUUUGAGAAUGCGAAAGGGAAUUUUUUUGCUUGUGAAAAUGUUAAUAAUGGCUUUGCUUUAGGAGGCACUUCUCCAGUGCCUAGCUGUUUUACGAAAAAA